AUGGCGUCGGACAGUGACGGUGAGGAGGACUUUGUGAGUUUCGGGACUCCGUUAGAGCCUCUGGAGGAAGAUGAGCCCCUCAGGAAGCCCCUCCCUCUCCAUGAACAGACAGUGAAGGAUGAGAAAGGUCGAUAUAAACGUUUCCACGGAGCGUUCACCGGAGGAUUCUCUGCCGGAUACUUCAACACCGUGGGAACCAAGGAAGGCUGGAGUCCGUCCACCUUUGUGUCGUCACGGCAACAGAAAGCUGAGAAACAUCAUGUCACGCCUGCAGACUUCAUGGAUGAAGAGGACUUCGGGGAGCAUGGCAUCGCCCCGGCUCAGAUCAGUACCAGUGAGGAGUUCUCUUCGAGCCGUAGAGACGCAGCGGGAGAGAAAGCGAGAGCAGUGAACGCUCAGGCUGCUCUCAUCCCUGGAGACACUCUGCUGGAACAGCUGAUCACACCUGCCAGGACCUCCAUCGGUGUGGAGCUGCUGAUGAAGAUGGGCUGGAAGGAAGGUCAGGGUGUCGGUCCUCGUGUGAAGAGGAGAGCUCGGCGGCAGCAGACCGAUGGAGGCAGAGUGUACGGCUGUGCGCUGCCCCCUGCUGGCUCGGAGGACUCGGAGGAGGACGAUGAGGAGUUUGCUCCGGAGAACGUGACCUUUGCCCCCAAGGAUGUGACCCCGGUGGACUUCACCCCGCGGCUGGGUGUGCAGGGUCUGGGGUACCGCGGUCUGGACCCGGGUCUGGCUCUGCAGGGCCGCGGCGGCCCCGAGCACAUCGACCUGUUCGACCCGGACAGCAGGAACCGUCUGCUGGGAGACAGACGGGGGUCCAGGAGGGGGGGCGUGGCCGGACAGGCGUUCGGAGUGGGAGCGCUGGAGGAUGAUGAUGAUGAAGAGGUUUACCACAGAGACUCCAUGUCCAGAUACGACACGGUGUUAGGAGGAGAGGAACCUGGAGACGGACUCUACGGCUGGACGGCUCCACAGCAGUACACCAAGAAAAAAGACAGGAGUAAAGAUGCGUCGUAUCUCGGCAAAAUCCUGGAAGGAUUCACUCUGUCCCAAAAACCAGAGAAGGCCAAAACAAUCUUCCCUCCUCCCUCUCUUCCUCGUGACUAUCGUCCGGUGCAUCGUUUCCGUGGUGCGGUGGAUGUGUCGGUGCUGUCGGGGGUCAGUCCUGCUCUGGCCGAAGCUCUGAGGUCCUCCAGGGGUCACAUGGUCAAAGAGGAGCCUGAAGCAGGAGGACGGCACCAGCUGGACUCGGACCAGAGGAGAGCGCUGCUGGGAGAGGACACGCUGCCAGGUCCUUCUUCAGUCAUGGAGCUGCUGAGACCUGAAGACAGACAGCGACUCUUCAACCUCCGCAAAUCCUUCAUCCCACCCUCCACCAACGCUGCUGCACCGGGCUCCCAUAAUGCUUUGCAGCCAGCUGCUCUGAGCGGCGCGGCCUUUUCCUCUUCCUCCUCCUCCUCUUCCUCCCUCCAGCAGCAGCAGGAGGCUCUGGCAGCAUGGAGAGGUCAGACCACCACACAGACCUUCAAACCAUUUGAGAAGAAUCCGAGCAAGCAGGCGCGUUACGAGCUCUACCUGGGCCGCCUCGGACAUGGAGACAGAGACGCUCUGGAGCAGAGUCUGGACUCGGGCAUGACGGAGUGGGAGCGCAGCAGGGAGAGGGAGGAGUUUGUGCGAGCCUCCAUCCUCUACCGCCCCUCCUCCUCCUUCCUCUCCUCCCGCUUCACCCGAGCCAAGACCGAGGAGGACGACGCCGCCGUGGAGGUGAACCGCGACGAGGAGGGCGACGCAGACGACAAACAGGCCGCCGUCAAGAUGAAGAUGUUCGGAAAACUGACCCGAGAAACGUUCGAGUGGCAUCCUGAUAAACUGCUCUGCAAGAGAUUCAACAUCCCAGACCCUUACCCAGGGUACUAC